UCGUCCACGCGCCAAGGGGAGAGGGCGUCGGCGCGGGCAUUUUGGAAGCUAUUUUUUUGACAGUGACUUGUAAGUGAUUGGAGCAGUGUCAUGUGGUCAGUCAGUGUACAGUGAUAAGCAGGUUACAUUUAUCUGUUUAUAUAAGAGAAACUGAUACGUGACGUGUGAAGUGAAACGUGAUUUUUGGUGAUUUUUAUAAAACUUUGCUGUAGUAAGUGGUUGAAAUGAUGACUAGUAAAUGCAUGGAGGCAAAUCAAGGGUGAAGGCGGUAUGCGUAAAGAAUUUUAAGAGUUCUUGCAUCCCCGGAACUCCAGAAAGUGAAGCCAGCUGUCUUAAGCAUGUGAAAGUAAAUUUAGUGUAUCACAUAUUUAAAAGCCGAUUAUUUGGAAGAACUUUUGAACUAAUCUCUUACGUUUAUACGCGAUUUAUAUUAUCUUGCUAGUGUGCUAUUAGUGAGAGUUACUAUAUAAAAAGAUAUACAUCUUAACGAGUGUCGCCUUUAUAAAAGAAAUACGUGUUUAAGAACUAUAGAUUAGCAAAUACAAUAAGUGUAUAAAGAGCAAGAAAGAAAAGUAUUUAAAUAUACAUAAGUCGAUACAAGUAUAUAAAGAGCAAGGAAGGAACACAAUAGAAAGAAGCCAGGUAGAUUUUUAGAAAGUGUUACAUAAUUAGUCAGAAUAUCACUCUUAGAGAUGGGUGAUAUGUCACACGAUCAGCGAAGCCUUGCAAGGGAGGAGUAUCGGUUGAAUACUUUCGGAAGCAGUGACUUUGCUGCUGACAAGAAGAAGUUUGCUGAGGCAGGAUUUUAUUACACGAAGAAAGGAGAUGACGUGAAAUGCUUUGACUGCAAGUGGGAAGUGGAUGCCAAGACCAUCAGUCCGGCAGACGACAUUGCAAGAAUUCACAAAGAGAAGCGACCUAACUGCCCCUUUGCACAGGGCCUAAAGACCAUUCCCAGGCCUAGUAGAAGUAAGACCUUUAUAUCCUACGAUAGCCUGAGGUACGAGAAAGAGCGAUUGGAGACUUUCAUUGACUGGCCUGUGAAGUGGCUUGAUCCAACUGAGUUGGCCAGUGAUGGAUUCUAUUACUUGCGUACAGCCGACCACUGUGCUUGCGUGUUUUGCCGAGGCAUAGUGGGUGCUUGGGAGGUGGGAGACACGCCAAGAGGAGAGCAUCAGCGUCACUUCCCGCACUGUCCAUUUAUCAGGGGUCAACCAGUUGGCAAUGUCCCUAUUCAUCAUAGCAACAUCUUAGCCUGUCUACCAAGCGUGGACUCCACGGUCCAGAGUAAUAGUACCAGCACCCAGAGACGUGGCACAGAUGAAUGUGGAACGUCAAGGCACAUGGCUGGUUCCUAUCCAGAAUGUCGUGGACCCCCCAAUAAGCCUGACGUGUCAUGGGAAGAGAUUGGUCUCCGACAGUACACAGGGCCAAAACGCAAGGACUUCCUGACAUGCGAGAGUCGACUGGAAAGCUUUGUCAGGUGGCCAGAACGUGUCACUCAGAAGCCAAGUGAGCUUGCAGAUGCCGGGUUCUUUUAUUGUGGCUUAAGUGACCAUGUCCGUUGCUUCCACUGUGGGAAUGGACUUCGUAACUGGGAGAAAGAUGACAUACCCUGGAAUGAGCAUGCACGCUGGUACCCAGAGUGUAGCUAUGUUCUCUUAAAGAAGGGACAGGAAUUUAUUGACAAAGUUCGCCGUGAGAAACCACCAUACAUCCGCAAAGCCCCCGCAGCAAAGCCAAGUACUAGCACAGCCUCAACAAGUGCUGCACCAGGAGGUCGCACAGUCUCCGACAAAGAUUUGGAUCCUCUGAUGGAUUUAGAUAUCAUAAGAGGAGUAUUGGGCAUGGGAUUCCCAACACACAUUGUAAGAGCUGCUCUGAAGGACCAAGUUCAAAAGGCUGGCAUGCCAUUUUUCAGCAUGGAGCCCUGUAUUGAGGCCGUCCUUCAGAAGAUGGAAGAAGAGACAAGACAGACACUACAGUCUGACCCUAUUGAGAGUGAAGCAACAGAAAGCCAGGUCGCCAAGAUUCAGUCAAUCCAUUCUAGCAAUGACACUGCCCAAAAUAGUGAAGCAGCUAGUUCCAGUUCUCCAUCCACUUCUGGUGCACAAGCAUCAGCUGUCUCAGAAGUAUCCACUUCUUCAGGCUCUGAAGAUAUCACUGGAACUCUACCCACUCUGCCAACCCCAUCCACAUCAUCUGCCAACACAGAACACUUACCCACACUGCCAAGUCCACCUAGAAGUACAGAUACUUCAACACCUGCCUCAGGACAACAAGAAACUUCACAAGAAAAUUCAGCAACAGCACAAAAUACAAGCUCUUCUUCACCCCAGCCAAGCCAAGGAGACGAGGAGGCAAUGGAAGUUGAUGAAAGAGGUGCAAAUGUCCAUCCCAUGGAGCGAGUUAUCAUGCAAGCUGAUGAGAUAAUGAGUAUGGCAGAGGAAGCCUUAAAGCCACCGAGUUCAGGUCCUCCUUCCCUGGGCCAGUCUGACCUUAAAGUUGUUGGUGAAGGUGAGGGCUCUGCAGUGAUGGAGCAAGCAUCGACCUCUGGAGUGAAACACCAAUCUGGAGCAGUUACUUCACCACAGUCCACUAAGGAAUUGGCAGAGGAGCUCGAAAGAAUACGUGACAUUCGCAUGUGCAAAGUCUGUAUGGAUGCCGAGAUGGAUGUUGUGUUCCUGCCCUGUGCACAUAUGGUUACUUGUGCUUCUUGUGCAGUCGCUCUUACUCAGUGCCCCAUCUGUAGGAAUGACAUCAAAUUCACCAUCAAACCUAUUGUCUCCUGAAGUUGAAAAAAUGGAAUCAACGUUGUGUGUUGGUGUGUGUAAUAAUGGAAUGUAUAAAAUAUUUUAAAGAUUGAUUCCUCUGCACAUAGUAUUCAGACAUAGGUUUAGAUUGAUUUUUUCAUAAUAAGAUAUUGAGUUUCACGGCUACUUUUUUUAAAGCAACUUUAAGUUCCUCCCAUAUUCAUUUCAUGAUUUGGGGAAUAAAAGCAUGCAUAUGCAUGUAUAUGUUUCUAUGUACAAACAGACAAAUAUAAUGUAUUAUAUCUGAAUACAUGUAUAUAAUCAGAUUUGAAAUUAACUGCUCAUUUAAAGCACACUUAAGUUGUGACUUGACUUUAUUUUAGCUUGCAGAGCUUUAACGUAUACUCUUCAAUGCAAUGUAACGUUCAAAAUGUAUUACUACUUGUGAAAGCUACACGUCGUAAUUAAAGAGCCUCUAUAAGUAGAAUUAUCUGUUUUCCCUCAGGAAAAUUUGAUAUUUAUUCCAUGAGUAAAAUCACCGAAUAAGGCCGAAACAUGUCCAUAUAAAGUGUGUUUGUAUUUA